GAUAUGGAGGCGCACCAACUAUUCUUCACACCACAAACACUCCUCAUGGACUCCAUCCCUCAUGAUGAUCUCAUGAACUGCAAUGCCUUUGACGCAACCAUCACAAGCUACGAGCACGUCUUCGAUGAAUUCAUGCUCUUCGGAAAUGGUUACGAUGGCGAUGGGCUGCGUUCGACGGUCGAGAGCGUGUUCGGCGGCGAAGGCGAAGGUACUUCUGGCUUUGGCCUGCGCAUCGAUGCAGUCGAGGGCUCUCCCGAUGAUUACUUGCCGGCGGACGGCAUUGCAUCUGCGAGUCCUGAGGAGAAGCAAGGUGAUGGCAGCAAUUCCUCUGGGGGGGCAACAAAUGCGGCGAAGUCGAGGAGAGAUCGUUCAAAGACUCUGAUCUCCGAGAGGAGGCGGCGCGGUCGGAUGAAGGAGAAGCUCUAUGAACUGCGGUCCUUGGUUCCUAACAUAACUAAGAUGGACAAGGCCUCCAUUAUUGCUGAUGCAGUCAUGUAUGUGCAAAAUCUUCAAAGGCAAGCAAAGAAGCUAGUAGAGGAAAUCACUCUGCUUGAAUCCUCCUCGAAAGUAGAUAUUGUGUCGCGAAUUCCUUUCGAAAACACUAUGAAUGUUUCACAAGUUGAUCAGGGGAGAAGUGGUCUAUCCGGCGGAAAAGUUUUGAGAUUGAUAGCUCUUGAAGCAGGGGAAGGAAGAUUCUAUGUGAGGUUGGAGUGCAGCAAAGGUGAAGGUGUUUCAUCAGCCCUCUACUCUGCGGUCGAGUCUCUUGGGUGCUUCGAUUUAGAGAGCUCUAACAUCUCCAUUGCCUCUGAAAUAUACGUGUUAACACUAACACUGAAUGUUAGAGGAUUUGUGGAGGAGAUGAAUGUGUCAACUGUGAAGCUGUGGGUAAUGGGGGCAAUUCUUAAGGAGGGAUUUGAGUUCGAGAUGACUGCGAUAUUUUAGAUUUUUUUUGUCUCAUAAUUUUUCAUACUCUCCUUUGUCUUUUGGAUGUGUACCAUCUUAGACUGGAAAUGCUAACUGCAGGGGCAGCUUCUGGUUGCCUAGAUAAACCACCGAAAAAUAUUUCAUUAGAAGUUGUAAUUUGAGAAACAUUCUGAAGAGGUUUCUUGUUUUCAGAGAGAUUAAAUUGUUUGCUGUGUAAUAGUCUUGAAAUGAGGAAGAAGAGGCAAUAGAAAGUUUCUCAA